AUGGCCAUUCACGAAUCAUCAAGCGAGGCUUCCCAGGCAGACGGCGAGGGCGACAGUCCCGAUAAACCGCCCCAUGCCGAUCUCUCCAGUCAGCUUCAGUCAUCUUUGAACAUUUCCCACCCAGCCACCACAUCGAGCUCGUCCACAGUCACCCUCACGGCGAACGGUGCGACCCAGGUGCCGGAAAAGGGCCAUAGCCCCGGAAGCUACCCCCUUCCGCCCCCAGAUUCCCUCCUCGCAGGCAACAAGCAGCCAGGCUACACUCGAGGUGCCCUGCAGAAGCUCUCCUCCGUUCCGCUCUCGACAGCCUCAUCCUCGUCCUCCGAUCAGCCCAACCACAAGCGACAGGCAUCGGGCCCGCACAGUCCGCUCCACUCUCCCUCGCCAUCUGCCACGUCGCCCGCAGACAGCUACUGGGAGGGAGCCAGCGCUCCACCCAGCAGGGGCCCCAGCCGGCCGCCGAGUCAGCCUGCCAGUCGUGCGCCCAGCAUGUCUGCCGGCGUCUCCGGCGGCAAGAUCGUAGUUCCGCAGCAGGCUGCCCAGCCUGUGGCGGGCAGGGAGCGACGGGCGAGUAAGGCGAGCGACACCGUCCCGGUCACCCCCGGCAGGGCCAGCAAGCCGGCCUCGGUCCACUCGGACAAGGGCGAGAGUUCCCACAAGUUCAACCUCAAGGAUCUGUUGGGCAGCGGGCCCAAGCUUAACAGGAAGAGCUCGCAGCGGUCGACGUCGUCGAGGAAAUCAGACUCGGAUGCAGGAGACGGGCGUGCCAAGAGCACAGCGGGCGAUAGUGCUGUCAGUUUGACGCAGAAGUAUGGUGUGUGCCAAAAGGUCGCGAUUGGGAAAGGAGCGACCAGUGUGGUUAGACUGGCUCAUAAGUGGGAUCGCAGCGAAGAGAAGCUAUAUGCAAUCAAGGAGUUCCGCAAACGCCGAAAGAACGAGUCGGAGAAGGAGUACGUCAAAAAGCUCACCGCCGAGUUCUGUAUAUCGUCCACCUUGCACCACCCCAACAUUGUCGAGACCGUCGACCUUGUUCAGGAUGAGAACCAACACUGGUGCGAAGUGAUGGAAUUCUGCCCUGGAGGAGACUUGUACGCUGCCAUCAAGAAAGGCGGUAUGAGCCCCAGCGAGGUUGAGUGCUGCUUCAAGCAGAUCCUCAACGGCGUGUCGUAUCUUCACAGCCAAGGUGUCGCCCACCGAGACAUCAAGCCCGAAAAUCUCUUCUUCGAUACCAAAGGGCACUUGAAGAUUGGCGACUAUGGUGCAUCGACCGUGUAUCGUCUUCCGUGGGAAGCGACAGUGCACAUGUCGACGGGGCUCUGCGGCAGCGAGCCCUACAUUGCUCCUGAGCAGUUUUUAAGCAAACCGUAUGACGCACGGUUGGUCGACAUCUGGGCAUGCGGGAUCGUGUACUACUGCCUGCACUUCCAGGAGCUGCCAUGGCGCGCGGCGCAGCCUGGGACAGACCCGCUGUACUCUGCCUACGCCGCGGCGUGCGCGAACCCGAACCCAGCGGUGUCGACGUGCCCGCCUACGAUCAACAACCUGAACCCGCGCGCGUGCCGGACGCUGAUCCGCAAGAUGCUCGAGCCGGACCCGAGGCAACGCUCGACGAUCGAGGACGUGAUCGCGCACCCGUGGGUCGAGUCGAUCGAGGUCUGCCAUGAAGGCGUCGAGGCGAAGCAUGUCCAUGUCAGUGCGCGGGCGAUGGGGAUGGCGUAUAAUAUUGGAAAUGGGGCGUAG